GAUAAUGAAUUAAGGCGAUAUGAUGAAUUCAAUGAAAAGCUUACCGAUUUAGCUAAAAUUGUUGGUAGCAAUCGUCAAAAAGCUAAACAAUUAAUGCAUAAAUUAGAAAUCAAAUCACAAUGGUUAGAUUUAGCGUUGAAACGUUUUGAUCCGAAAAUAUCCACUGCACCAUCAUUAGAUUGGGAUAAUUAUUCUGAUGAAAAUCAUUUUAUAAUUAAUGAAUCAUUGGGAAAAAUGCCAACUAUACAUUCACUUGGUACUGAAUUUCCUUAUUUAGCUGUUCUACCAUAUCAACCUCUUAUGUUAGAUAAACUACAUGAAAGAAUAGAACAAUUUCAAGGGAAUUGGAAAAAACAUCAAAUUGAUUUAACUCAAUUAUGCGAUCAAAUUCAUGACAUAAUACAAUCAUCUGCAUUAUCAACAAGUUCUACUAAUCAGGAUAGUGCUAUAAAAUCAUCAUUAUCAUCAUCGCCUAUAAAAACAAACAAGUCUUUCGUACCAUUUACAACGGAUAAAUUUUAUCAUGAAUUAAGUGAUGCUGUGUCUAGUGUUUCAAAACAAAUGAUAACACUUGAUAAUCGGUUAAGUCAAACAGAAAUUAAAUUUGCUGAAGUUUAUCCAUUGGCUAAAUGUUUUACAACUGAUAUGUAUGAAUUUCAAAACUGGCUUCAACAUAUUGAAGAAGCAAAAAAUGAAAUCGCUGACAAUUUAUCAGAUUCCAGUGUUACAGUUGAUGAUUUAGGAGGUAAUCGUAAACGAAUCGAAAUGAUUAAGAAUUUAGAUAAUGAGAUUGAACGUCAAAAAUCUGUAUUGGAUAGAAUUUUAAGAACAAGUGGACCAUUAUUAUCUUUAAUUGCUCCAAAUGAAGCUAAUACUGUACGUUUACAAGUUAAACAAAUCUGUGAUCAUUAUGCUAAUUUACGUAAAUUGAUUAAAACUCGUGCAAUCAAGGCAGAAGCCAAUUUGAAACAAUCAGAUGAGUUUGUCGAGCAACUAAAUUCAAUGUCAGACCUGUUUUCUGCUAUAUCAGAACAAGCUGUUAGACUAGGUGUUCCUCUGGAAGUAUCUGGUACAACUGUUAAACCGUCCAUAUUAUCAAACGUUCAAAAUGAAAGUUCAAAACAGUUACUUGACCAACAUCACGCUUUAGAUAUGUUGGGCCGAAUACAUUCAAUGACAAGUGUUCAACCAGAUCAUUUACAAGAACAUAUUAGUGGGACAUCUGCUCUUAUGGAAGCAUUGGAAUGUCGUUUACCGGAAUUGGAAGCACUUACUAUUAGUAUUCGUGCUCAAUUGGAGUCGAAACCAACUGUCAAAGAGUCGACUACCACACGUGAACCAGGAACAGUUGAAUUAAUUGAAUCGGUCGAUUUAGAAGCAGUUUUGAAAAAUGCUGAAAAACUUCAAACAGAUUGGAUACAAUUACAUAACAAAUUAAAUUCACGUGUAAUUACACUACAAUCAGCUUACAAAACAUCAUCAGAACAAUUUUGGCCAAUUAUUUCAGAUCUAAGAAAUAGAUUAGAUAAAAUUAAAGAAUCAUUAAAUAUUAUCGGAUCAGGUUGUAGUUUAAAUGAUCCGUGUAUUCGACGUGAUCCACUUGAUUCAAAUAGUUAUAAAGAACAAUGUAAAGAUUUAUUUGAAUUAAGAGAAGAAUUGAAUGAUAUAAGUCAACAAUUGAAUGAAUCCUAUGAAGCUGGUCAGAAAUUGAUUAAUUUAAUUAAUGGACAAAUGACUGACAAUUCAAUACCAUCAUCGCUAUCACAAACAUCACUAAUGCCAACAAUAAUGACUGAUAGCUUUAGUUUAAGACGAGAUGAAGAACAAGCUAUACGUAAUGAAGUUGAUUAUGCUUUGCAUGGCUUAAAAGUAUCACAGGAACAUCUUGUUGAUAAAUGUGAAUGUUUAAUUAAACAACUCAAUGAACGUGAAUUAUGUGCCUCACAGUUUAAGUCUGAUUUAAUAAAUUUAAUAAAAUGGUUGACGGAGCAGGAAAGUGUAUGGGAUAAUUUUCAGCCUAUAUCAAAUAAUGUUGAUAUUGUUACGAAACAAUUAGAUGAAAUUGUUCAAUGGAAUGAUAAUUUAAUGAAUAAACAUUCCGAAGUUGAAGCAUUAAAUUGGUUAGCUGGAAAAUUGAUGUCUAAUACAGAUAAUGAACGUUUUACUUUGGAUGAUACAAGCGAUGACGGAACAUUUCCAGUACAAAAUACUACAUCAUUACAAUCUGAUCUAACUGUAGCUAAUCGACGAUGGGACAAUUUAUUAGAUUCCGGCAAUAGUAGACGUCAUCGUUUACAAACUGUUCUACUUGGUUUAGGUGAAUUUGAAAGUGCUAUUGAUGGAUUAAUUAAAUGGAUUGAUCAAAUGCAAACAGCUGUAGAUCAAAUACCUAUACGUCGGGCAAAUAUUCGAGGAUUAGAAGCUGAUUUAGCACGCAUUAAAGUAAUUCAUCACAAUAUUAACAGUCAUCAAUUAUCUGUUGUAAGAAUAGAAGAACAAGCAAGGAAAUUAGAACGUGCUGAUUGCAACAAAAUCGAUAAACCCUCUGGAGUAGAUACUGAUAAAGAUGUCAAAAGAAAAUCACAGACUUCAGAUUUUAAAACAUCAGAUAUCCGAGAUAAAAUUAUUCAAAUGAAUAAAGCAUGGGAACAUUUGAAACUGAGUGUACGCAAUAAACAAGCAGCAUUAGAAGAAGCAUUGAGUGAGACCUUUAAUUUUCAUGGUCAACUGGAUCAACUUAUACGUCGCACUCGACAGUUAAAAAGUCGAAUGCCCCCACCAGGUGCACGCAUUAUGGGUGGUUUACCAGAUAGUGCACGUGAACAGUUACGUCGCUUCAUGGAAGUUUAUGAUGAACUUGUAAAAAUUGGAUCAGAGCUUGAUGAACUGCGUCGAAAUUCAGCUGCAUUGUUAGUUAAUCAGUCAGCAGCAGAGUCAUGUAAUCAAUUAACUACUAAUCUUGAACGUUUCUCUGACCAUUAUGCUCAGUUGUUAAAACAUGCUCAAGAUAUUCGUGACCGUAUGGAAUUAGGUUUAAAACAAGUCGAAGAAUUACAUGAUCAUUUAUCACAAAUGAUGCAAUGGCUUACACAAAUGGAACGUACUAUACUACAACAGAAACCAGUCAGUCGUAUUGUAGCUCGCCUAUUUCAAUUAAUACGUGAUCACACUGAAUUACGCAAAGAAAUUACUGGACAUCGUGAUGCUUUAAUUAAUUUAGAUCGUUUAGCAAGUCAAAUACAAUGUCAAUCACAAAAACAAGAUGUAAUAUUGGUAAAAAAUCUUUUAUCUAGUAUUCAUACUAGAUGGGAGCAAUUAGUUUCACGUAGUGCAGAACGUACACGUCAACUUAACACUGGUCUGAAGGAGGCCAGUAACUUUCUGGAUAACUGGACAUCGUUAACAGAUUGGUUAAAGGAAAACUUAGCUUCAUUGGAGGAAGAUGGUGAUCGUGUCGCUACAAGACCUGAGAAAGUCGCUUAUCAAUUAGCAUUACAUCGUGAAUUACAGCGAGCAUUAAGCACACGUACUGUGGCUUAUGAUGGAGUGCGUCGUUACGCUAGACAACUACGUGAUAGAGCACCAGUAUGUGAUCAUGAUGAAUUAGAUGAUAUGGUCAGUGAAUUAAAGCAUUUAUGGCAAGCAGUGUGUACGAAAGCCUUAGCGAGACAACGCACUUUAGAACAAGCUCUCUUGGCAGCUGGUCUUUAUAAAGAAGCAUUGGAAGCUUUACUUGAUUGGUUGAGUAAGAUUGAACCACAAUUAGCUGAACAACAAACUGGAAACUAUGGUGAUGUGGAUAUUGUUGAGCAAUUGUUAGAAUCUCAUAAUCGUUUCAAAGCUGAGCUGGAACAACGUGCCACAUCUGUGAAAUUAAUACAUCAAGCUGCCAGUGAUUUAAUGAAUAAAGCUUCAUCUACUACUGACUCUGGAGCUGGUUCAUCAGCUAGCAAUCAAGCGGAUGUGUUUGCUAUGCAAGCUCAAUUAAAUCAUUUAUCUAAAAUAUGGGAUCGUGUACAGAAUUUAACUCAACGUCGAAGUGAACGAUUGGAUCAUGCAUUAAAAAUGGCGCAGCAAUUUCAGGAUACAUGUCGAAGUUUAAUGGAUUAUUUUGCUGGCGCAGAACGUGUUAUUCAUCGUUUGUCUGCUUUACCGACCUUUGAUGACGAUGGCGAACUGGAAAUUGAAAUUGCUGGCACUAACAAUCCACCAACUAAUUUAACAGAUGCAAUUACAGCUCAUCGACAAACACAUUCUAAUUUAAUGAAUCAAGCUGAUCGAGUUGAAGCUGCUUUACAAUUAGGAAAUAAACUUUUAUCUCAAGCUCAUCCAGCAGCUGUGAAACGCUUACGUCAAUGGGUUAAUACUAUUCGUACACGAUGGGAGGAGUUAACUUCAUGGUCUGAACAACGUGGAGAUCGUUUGCAAGAAGCUUUAGAAGAACAGAAUAAACGUAAACUUCAACGUGAAGAACUCAUGCACUGGAUACAUGUAAAAACGAGUGAAUUAAAAAGUAUUCCAACAUCAAUACCGAUAUCAUCAUUGUCAUCUUCAUCGACUAAUUUACAAUCAGCUAAGAGUAAACUAGACUCAAAUGAUUCAAAAUCAAUAGACUCCAAAGACUUAUUUUCCAUAACUCAAGAACGUAUUGCUAUAUCAACUAUUACUUCUUUAGCUCGCCAACCUAACGUUGUUGUCAAUAGUAAUAGUAGUAUAAAUAGUAAAGAUUUAAAACAACCUGAAAUUCUUACUGAUUUUACAACAGUUUUAAAUGAAAUAACCGAUUCAAAAAUAAUUGAACAAUUACUCAAUCUACAUAGUCAUUUAGAAGAAGAAGUGAGACAAAAACAACCUAUUUAUGAAAAUAUUAUAAAACAUGCUAAACGACGUACACCAGUUAAAUCAUCUCAUAAUAUUAAUAAUAAUAAUCGCCGAAGUCGUUUACCAAUACGACCCAGUGGUAAUCUAUUCAACCGUUCUAUUAAUACAGCAAAUCAACAACAUAAUCAAUCUAUAUCAGUUUUCACUUCACCGAAUAUUAAUCAAUUAUAUUUAAAUUGGAGAGAAUUAUGGAUUGCAAUGUUAACACGUAAAUCCCAAUUAAAUGAACGUUUAGCUUAUUUAAAUGAAGUGGAAAAAAUGAAAGAUUUUCAUUUUGAAUCAUGGCGUCAACGUUAUGUUUCAUGGUUAAGUACAAAUAAAGCACGUGUUAUUGAUUUAUUUCAUCGUAAAGAUCGUGAUCGAGAUGGUCGACUUACAAGAGCUGAAUUUAUUGAUGGUAUAAUAGAAAUGAAAUUCCAAACAAGUCGUGUUGAAAUGGAAACAGUUGCAGAUAUAUUCGAUGCUAAUGGAGAUGGAUAUAUUGAUUAUCGUGAAUGUUUAAAUGCACUAAGAGCUAAUUAUAGUAAUUUGGAUAGAACAUCAUCAUCGAAUACUAAUGGUGGUAGUUCAUUAAGUUUAAAUCGUUUCGGUCCAUCGGAUGAAGAAACCAUUAAUGAUGAAUUAAAACGUCAAGUUGGAUUGUGUACAUGUCAUAACACAUAUAAAAUUAAGAAAAUGGCAACAAAUAAAUAUCGGUUCGGUGACUCACAAAAAUUAUGUCUAGUUCGCAUCCUUCGUAGUGCUGUAAUGGUUCGUGUAGGUGGUGGUUGGGUGACACUGGACGAAUUUUUAGUUAAAAAUGAUCCGUGUCGAGAUGCCUGUGAACGCUUAACUAGUAUAGCAGAUUUAGCUAAAGCAGCCGGUGUUGGUCACGGUUCAUACUGGUUUCCUUCAUCUGUUACUUUUCAACAUUCAUCUUCAACAAUAAAAUCAAAUCAUCGAAACAACUUAAAUAAUAGUAGUAAUAAUUAUAAAUAUAAUCAUCCAGGGAUUAGUUCAACAAGUAGCUGUAGUGAAAGUGGUCACAGUAGUAGUUGUCAUGAUGGUAAACAGAUUACUGAUUAUCUUAUAUCGAAUACAACGACUAAAAAUUCUAUAAUUAAAUCUUCUGAAUCAUCUUUAUCUAGUUCAUCACGUUUAAAAACUGUUCAUAAACGUUCACGUAAUGAUACUCAUAAUUUAUAUCAAUUAAUGAUGAAUGGUCCUGGACAAGAUAAUGCAUUUUAUUUAGUUAUGCCUAGUACAAAGCCUAAUCCAGCAAAUCAUAAUAACUGUAGUUAUAAUAAUAAUAAUAAUACCACUAAUUCUCAUACACUAGGAAAGAAACAUCAAUCAUUACAUACUAGAAAAUAAUCUAAACUUCUUAAUAAACAAUGUCAACUACAAACUACAUACAUUCAUAAAUAUACAUUUAUAUAUAUGCAUAUAUUCACACUUUAUACGUUAUUUCUUCAUUUUACACAAAACCAACUUCUAAAAUUCUUAAAAGUUAUUUAGUUAUCAAUUCUUUAAAUAUAUAAAAUGUUUUCUUUGUAAUUUAACUUAACAUUCAUGACGUUCUUUACAUUGGCCAACACUGGAGUAAUUAUUGUCUUUACUUUGAUCAAAUGGAAUCUAGUCAUCUAUAUUUAAAUUUGUUAUUAUGAUCCACUCCUCAAUGGAAACCGAUUGGUGAUUUUAAUGAAGAUUUACACAGUUCAUCUGAUUGUGCAAUCGCACCAAUCACACCUAUAUUGACAACGCUUCAGCGUAAAUCCUCUUCCUUCGCCCAUCGUCUACGAUCAUCACCAACAUCACAAUAUAGUACAACGUCAGCCAGUUCAUAUGCAUCAUUACCUACAUCAAAUCAUGAUUUUAAUGUAGUUAAAAAUAACGAUGAAAAUGAUAAUACUAUCACUGAUAACACUAAUGCUAAUAGUAAUAAUAUUAAGUAUCGUCAUGACCGACAGGCGAUAAUACCAUCUCGUCAUUCUGCUGCUUCAUUAUCUCAACCUCAUAGAAAUAGUAUGCAUGGUGAAACAAUUUAUGAAAAAAGUGUAGAUGAUAAUUUACAUCAAAGGCGUGCUUCAGCAAUUUGUAUACCUUCCAUAAGUAACACAACACCAACAUUUUCCAAAGAAUUCAAUAGCAAACAAUCUGGUGUCAUUCAAUCUGAACAUUUACCUCAAAUAAGUAAAACAAUGUCUAAAUCUCAACUUUCUACAUCCUCACCUAGAAAUGAUUCAUUACCAACUGAUCCUAAUUUAAUUCAAUCCAAUACGAAAACAAAUAAAGAUUCUGUAACUAUGCCCGGUUCAACUGGUAAUAAUUCACGUAUAGAUAUGUUAUCAAAAUCUAAAAUUCCUUUAUUACAAACUAAUUUAAACGCUGACAAUUCAAACUAUCAACAGUCGACAGAAUUAAUCGACGUUACCGCGGAUGCUGACAUCACAAAUGAUAAUAAUAAUAGAUCUAUGUGAAAAACUGUUUAUUAGUUGUUUAUUUUAAUCCAACUAAAUGUGUAUAUCAAAAUUCACUUUAACCACUUAAAAAUGGUUACUUUCGUUAAUUUAUUUUCGAAUUUGUUUUCUUUUAUUUCAUCACAUUAUCAUUUAUUUUAUUGAAAGUAAAGUUUAUUAUUUAUUGUGUGUUGUAUUAUUCUUUUUUUUCUUUUUUCUUCCUCCUUUUUUAUUUAUUUUGCUUUACACAUCACAGAUUUGAAGAUAAAAUCUACUUACUUAUUGUAUAAAUAAAUAAGAAUAUUAGAUAUGUGCACUUGAAAAAUUGUCUUUAUGCAACAAACGCCCUUUUUUUUUCUUCAUAUAAUUUUAUUAAAUAUCUAAAAGUUCACUUCAAUUUCUUCUUUUACACUCUUUGUUCCGAAUGACGUAGCAACAACAAUUGCAAAAAACAUUUACAUAUCGUUUUUAAAAAAAAGUGUCUACAAAAGUGAUUUCUAGAUUUUAUGUAUUUUAUUAUUGGGAAUGGGUUAAUUAUUUAAUCAAUUGAAUGAAUAGGUCAAAGAGGCGGUAUGCGGUGAAUGGGCAGUGGUUAGAUCAAUCAAACAGCGUUGUUGUCAUAUUUGUCUUUAUUAAUUCUAAUAUUAUAUUAAUUAACAUACAGCUGCCAUUAUUUUUGUGCUAAUAACUUUCAUUGUAUCUACUUACGAAUUCAAGUUAAUUUUUGUUAUUUUAUUUGUUCUUAUGAAUAUUUUAUCUUGUGCUCUUUUAUUUAUCUCUUUUUAUUUGUGUGAUGAACUAUUUAGUUAUUCUGUAUUUCUCAUUAUCUUUAUGUGUUUUCCGAGAUUCCUUCAUACGCUUGUAUCAUUCAAUUUCUGUUGUAAAAAAAAGUUCUCUUAGUGUUAUUAUUCAUUGUCAGUUUAUAUGAAAAUAGAAAUACAUCUAUAUUAAUGAUGUCUAUAGAUUUUUUUUCUUGGAAGUAAUCUUUCUAAGAGGAGAUUGUUCAUGAACAAAGUUUUACACCGAUAGAUUAUUGGAAAGUAGAGUGUAAGCUUGAAUUCAACUUAACG